AUGACUAUUUAUUUUCAAGUGGAAGUAGUAUAUGAUGAUGAUGAUGAUGAUGAUGAUGAUGAUGAUGAUGAUGAUGAUGAUGAUGAUGAUGAUGAUGAUGAUGAUGAUGAUGAUGAUGAUGAUGAUGAUGAUGAUGAUGAUGAUGAUGAUGAUGAUGAUGAUGAUGAUGAUGAUGAUGAUGAUGAUGAUGAUGAUGAUGAUGAUGAUGAUGAUGAUGAUGAUGAUGAUGAUGAUGAUGAUGAUGAUGAUGAUGAUGAUGAUGAUGAUGAUGAUGAUGAUGAUGAUGAUGAUGAUGAUGAUGAUGAUGAUGAUGAUGAUGAUGAUGAUGAUGAUGAUGAUGAUGAUGAUUUGGAUGAUGAUGAUGAUGAAACAAUGAAUAUAUUUCAUUAGAAGAUCGAUAAGGAAAGAACCGAAAUGAAAUUCAACUAGUAUGAAAAUGUAUGAACAAUAAUAAUCGAAGAUAGAGGACGGAAAUUUGCAGAAAGAAUGAUCAAGAUUGAGACAAUUCAUUGAUAGUUGAAAUCAUGAAUCAAUUAAAGUUAGACCACCAAAUGCCCUGGUACGGUCGAGAGUGGGGAGAGUCCAUUCUCCCUCUCGAAAUGCUCUCAC